AUGGCUGCAGACUUACAACUCUAUGGUGAUAGCAUUAAAGAUCUGCGAAUGUUUCUCACGACACAUUUAAGCCCCGACCAGCUGAGUCAAUCGAAGUUUAAAAAAUUACUUUAUAGUGAGAGGAACGAUGUGCUUACACCGUCUGAGUUGCGUCAAGUAUGGGAGUUGAUAAGCGAGUUGCGAGCUUUAAACCCAUCAACGCCUACUCUGAUGUCAUUUUUGCGUCAGGGGCGAGGAGUUCAAGUUCGUGUUGAGGCUAAAGAGCAAUUAAAGGAUGAACAAGAUAACGAGAAGAAGACCAAGUACCUCGCUAGUCGUCGCAGGAAACUCCAGCGCUUGGACGAGGAGAUGCGCUACAGCAGCAUGGUGCGCAAUGUUAAAACGCGAUCUGUAGACAAGGAGCUAUUGCAUCAUCAGACCAAUAUACGCCAGCAUCUUUCCAUUGGAGCCAAUAUGGUCAUGGCUCGACUCACAGCAUUCAUUGCUGUUUAUUUUUUAGCUCGAAAUCUCACACAGAACGAGACAACGAGACUUGUUGCUGGACUUGUUGGUGCCAUCUUCAUGAUGAUCAUUGAGAUGAUAUUAUUUAUAACACGAGCAGCCAAGAUUGAGAGUAUAGAACACGAAAGUAAGAAACAGAAGAGUGUCUUCUGA